GUAAUGCAAGAGGCAAUCAAUAAUAAACCUAAAAUAGUCUUUCGACACUUUACGUCGUUCUCUCGCUUGUGAGCUACAAGCAACCCUAACCGAUAGCACAAGUUGCUAUCAAUUGGUAUCAGAGCAUGUCUUUCGAUCUCACCACGUGCUGUGAGGCAGCGCAACGCACCACCGAGGCGUGUUACGCGCUGGGCGAGCGGAUGGGUGCUUUGGAGCGACUGAUCGCGGGGUUCUCCCCCUCUACUGAACGCGCCGCCGUCACUGGUGGGCAGGGGAGCGACGACGCCGCCGCAGAAGUCGACACCAACGACCCUCAGGAGACCCUUUUGGCGGAGAUAUCUCUCGCCGCCGUGACCGGGCUCUCGGGACCCCAAACCCUACGGUUCCAGGCUCAGGUCGAGGGAGUCGAUGCUGUCGUAUUGGUCGACAGUGGCUCGACCCACAAUUUCGUGACGGAGAAGAAGGCUGAAGAGAUGCGGCUGCCCCUCGAGCCGAUCACACCUUUUGUCGUGAAGGUGGCCAACGGCAAACCCUUGAUUUGCCGCAGCAAGUGUGACGAUGUCACCCUCCUGGUGCAGGGUUCGACAAUUACUGUAUCAUUGUUUAUCCUACCGAUUCGCGGAUUGGACAUGGUGUUGGGGGUUCAGUGGUUAGAAGACUUGGGGCCGGUUACGUGCGAUUGGAAGACCCUGUGUAUGAAAUUCAAAUGGCGCGACAAGGAUUAUUGCCUCCAAGGCAUCGCAGCGGGGCUCAAGCAGGUCUCGUUCGAUGCAAUUAGCGCCGAGGACGGGACAGCAUGGGCACUACUAUUUCCUCUCCAGGAUGACGAUUUGGCGCCACUUGUUCCCGGCAUGCGCGAGCUUAUUGCCGAAUACGGCUCGGUCUUUGCGACUCCCAACGAAUUACCGCCCCGACGUGAGGUUGAUCAUCGUAUUCCGUUGAGAGAAGGAGCCGCCGCAGUGAAUGUUCGGCCGUAUCGAUACGCGCACCAUCAGAAGGCUGAGAUUGAGCGCCAGGUACAGGAGAUGCUGGCUUCAGGACUUAUUCGGCCGAGUUCGAGCCCGUUUUCGUCCCCGGUGCUGCUCGUCAAGAAGAAGGACGGCACGUGGAGAUUCUGUACUGACUACCGGGCCUUGAACUCGGCCACCAUACGAGAUCGAUAUCCAAUACCCACGGUGGACGAUAUGCUCGAUGAGCUCUAUGGAGCGAAAUACUUCACUCGGCUGGAUUUGCGUGCGGGCUACCACCAAAUUCAAAUGGAUGAGGCUGAUGUGCAUAAGACGGCGUUUCGAACGCACAACGGGCACUACGAGUACUUGGUGAUGCCCUUCGGGCUCUGCAAUGCGCCCUCCACGUUUCAGGCCGCCAUGAAUGAUCUUUUUCGUCUCGUUUUGCGCAAGCAUGUGCUGGUCUUUUUUGACGACAUCCUGAUCUAUAGCAGGACUUGGGAUGACCAUUUGGAGCACGUCAAGACGACUCUCGCACUGCUGCGGCAGCACCAUUAUUAUGUCAAGUUCUCCAAAUGUGCAUUUGGGCUGCAGGAACUCGAAUAUUUGGGACACCUCAUCUCCGACCGAGGGGUCCGCGUCGAUCCGAAGAAAGUGCAGGCAAUGACUGAGUGGCCUAUACCGAAAAAUGUGACGGCACUUCGCGGGUUCCUAGGCUUGACGGGCUAUUAUCGCAAGUUCGUUAAGAACUAUGGGGAGAUAGCGAGGCCGCUCACUGAUCUCCUACGGAAGGGCGGUUUCCGAUGGACCCCGGCGGCGGAUCAUGCCUUCUCGGCCUUGAAGGAAGCCCUCGUGUCCACUCCGACGUUGGCUAUGCCAAAUUUCGACCUCCCCUUCGUCAUUGAGGCCGACGCGUCGGGCAAGGGGGUUGGCGCGGUGUUGUCCCAGCAAGGUCACCCUAUUGCCUAUAUGAGCAAAACAUUGGGGCCAGCAAAGGAAGCAUGGUCCACGUAUCGUAAGGAAAUGUACGCCAUCACUCAAGCAGUUCAGCAGUGGCGGCCCUACCUUCUCGGCCAAAAGUUUCAUAUAUACACGGAUCAGCGCAGCCUGAAAUAUCUUCUGGAUCAACGAGUAGCCACUCCGGAUCAACACAAAUGGGUGAGUAAACUACUGGGUUUCGAUUAUGAGCUGCAUUACAGGACGGGCGCAAGUAACCGGGCCGCCGAUGCGCUCUCUCGGAUGGGUGAGGGUGAGCAAUUGCACGCCAUGACCAGCCCCAUCGCAACGGUAUGGGAUGAAGUACGCGCCGCCAUUCACUCCAACCCUUACCUUCAGGCGGUCAAGGCCAAGGCACUAUCCGAGACCCCCGGUCACUACGCCUUCCGCGCCGGACUGGUGUACUACCGCGAUCGAGUUGUGCUUCCUCCACUCUCGAGCCUCGUCACCACCAUACUGCAAGAAUUCCACGACUCACCUAUGGGAGGCCACUCCGGGGCUCAGCGUACUUUAGCGCGUGUUGCGCGCCAUUUCUAUUGGCCCCAAAUGGGCAAGGCAGUUCGCGAUUACAUCGCCUCUUGUGACGUUUGCCAGCGCGUCAAGACAGAGACGCUAUCUCCAGCCGGGCUUCUUCAGCCAUUACCGAUUCCAUGCCAGGUAUGGGAGGAUAUUUCCAUGGAUUUUGUCGAGGGCUUACCCAUUUCAGGUGGACGUUCCGUGCUAUUUGUAGUGGUGGACAGGUUGACCAAGUAUGCACAUUUCAUGACCCUCAGCCACCCCUAUUCGGCUCGGAGUGUUGUAGAAGAAUUCAUUAACGAGGUAGUGCGUCAUCACGGCUUGCCGACUUCCAUUGUCUGUGAUCGAGAUGCCAUUUUCGUGAGUAAAUUUUGGAAGGAAUUCUUUUCCCGGACAGGCACUCGCAUCAAUAUGAGCUCUGCGUAUCAUCCGCAAUCUGAUGGUCAAACGGAAGUGGUCAACCGCUGCGUGGAGCAGUACCUCCGCUGCUUUUCUCACUCUCAGCCGCAUCGUUGGGGUAUGUUCUUGCCGUGGGCGGAACUUUGGUAUAAUACACCCUAUCACAAGUCAAUUGGGAUGACUCCAUUUAAGGCUCUAUAUGGCCGUGAUCCGCCGAGUGUCAUUCCCUAUGCGCGAGGUAGUAGCGGAGUCGGUGCGGUGGACCAGCUUCUGGGGGAGCGAGACGCGAUUCUCCGGCAACUAAAGACCACCCUGGCAGCGGCUAAUGAAUACAACAAACAACUGGCGGAUAAGCGGCGCCGCGCGGUGGAGUUUGCCGUUGAUGAUUGGGUUCUACUUCGCCUUCAGCCGUACCGACAGCAUUCCUUGUUCCGGCGUGCUUCCCAGAAGUUGGCCGCCCGUUAUUUUGGGGCUUACCAGGUGGUCGAGCGGGUGGGGGCUGUCGCAUAUCGCAUCGGGUUGCCUGUGGGUGCUCGACUGCAUCCGGUUUUCCAUGUGUCGUUAUUAAAGGCUUACCGCGGCAACCCUCCUGCCGAUCCUCCGGGUGCACCCCCAGUUAGCGAGGAAGGGGAGCUAGAGAUCACUCCAGCAGCUAUUCUGGACCAUCGUUGGCGACGACAAGGGGGCAAGGUGGUGGAAGAAUGCCUGGUGCAUUGGCACAACCUCCACGCCGAUGAUGCUACUUGGGAAUUGACGACUGACUUGUUGGAGCGUUUCCCGAGCUUUGACCUUGAGGACAAGGUCCGUUUUUCGGAGGGGAGCAAUGGUAGCAGCUCGAAGGAUGUGGACCAGCCGCCCAUGCAGCCCAUGCAGGCCGUACAGCCAAGGACGUCGAGACGGGUCAUUAAGCCCAACCCUCGUUACCUUUCAUAGUAGUAGGGUUUCUUUGGUUAUCCUGAUUACGUUCGGAUUGUUAGUUCCUAUUUAAGCACUCGUUAUGUAAUGCAAGAGGCAAUCAAUAAUAAACCUAAAAUAGUCUUUCGACACUUUGCGUCGUUCUCUCGCUUGUGAGCUACAAGCAACCCUAACCGAUAGCACAAGUUAGCACAAGUUGCUAUCAAGGAGGCUCUUAUCCGGCUGAAUAGAGGCAAUGUAAUACAAUCCUCUCCAGAUUAGUAGUAUGCACGAGACCUUAAGGAGGUCCUCACCCGAACAAAUAAGGGCACCACCAAAAUGUUUUUGAAGUUGCUACAACCGCAAACAAGCAUUAAAAUGGAAUAAAAAUU